AUGAAUAGUCUACGGCAUUUGGCGACGAGGGCGCCUGCAAACGGGCAAUUUUCCGUCGUGAGAUCUUCAUAUGGUCGAGCGGCAGUAUACAGACGGUUACUCCAGCAAACACAAGCUUCAAACCUACACUCAUUGUCGCCAAACUCAUCAAGUUCGACGCUUCCUUUGCAUCUCUCUCCUCUACGAUCGAACUUUCUUCCAGAUGAAAUACGGACGGGUUUAGGACCCGCAGUAAGAGCCAGAAGUUUUCACAAUGGCGCAAGAUUAAGGCAGGAGAAAGAGGCCAAACCUUCCAGCGAGUCGGCGAAAGAAGGAACGGCAGAGAAAGAAUCUGCAAAAAAGGCAUCAGGGGAGAGUGAGAGUGAAGCAGGCUCCGCUGGCGAAAAGACAAAGGACUCCGAGGGCGAAGGCAAGAAGGAAGAGAAAGAAAAAGAAGCUCCUCCGCCACCUCCUCCACACGGAGACAAGUCACCAUGGCAAGUCUUUACGGAGACUUUGCAGUCUGAAUUCAAGGCAUCGAAGGAGUGGAACGAAUCUACCAAAGCCUUGCAAGGAGAUGUUCAACGGUUCACAGAGAGCGAGUCAGUCAGGAAGGCGCGACAAGCUUAUGAGGCCACAACAGGCAAGGUCACAUCGACUGCUGGGACUGUCUUGAAAGGCACGGCUGGUGCCGUUGGCAAGGGAGCAGCUUGGACGUGGGACACACCGGUCGUCAAAGCCGCACGGACAACAGUAAACGCAACGGCAAGUGUAAUUGAGAAGGGAACACGGCCUAUAAGAGAAACAGAGGCAUUUAAGGAUGUCAAAAAGGUCAUCGACGAUGGUAGCAGUUCAAGAUAUGGAGGAUGGGUUGAGAAGGAAGAGCGACGAAAGGCAAGGGAGGCGCGAGAGUUGGAAGAAGCUAAAAAGGCUGGUCUCACUGGAGGCAAGCGGGUUGAAGUCCCCAUCGAAGACCCAAAUGCUGGCACAAACGUAACCCUACACAAAGACGCGGCCUGGAAAGAAACAUGGCGCGACUUCCGAGACUCCAACAAAAUGAUGCAAAACCUCUUCUCCUUGAAAUCCGCCUACAACGAAUCCGAUAACCCCUUCGUCUCAACCGCGCGCAGCAUCUCGGAUCGCUUUGCCGGUUUCUUCUCUGAGAACGAAACAGCUAUGGUCAUCAAGAAAAUCCGGGAAAUGGACCCAUCCUUUCAAAUGGAGCCUUUCGUGCGCGAAAUGCGCGAGUACAUUCUCCCCGAAGUCCUAGAUGCAUACGUAAAAGGCGACACCGUAACGCUGUCACAAUGGCUGUCAGCAGCACAGUUUUCGGUCUACGACGCUCUCACCAAACAAACCACUGCCGCAGGUCUUAAAAGUGAUGGCCGCAUUCUCGAUAUUCGGAACGUGGAGGUCAUGUCUUCCCGCAUCUUGGACCCGGGAGAUGUUCCAGUGUUCAUCAUGACCUGCAGGACGCAAGAGGUGCAUGUGUACCGCAACAUAAAGACGAAUGAGCUAGCAGCCGGCAUGGAGGAUAAGGUCCAGCAAGUCACGUAUGCCAUUGGCGUCACGAGGAUUCCAGAGGACGUAAAUAAUCCCGAGACGAGAGGGUGGAGGUUGAUUGAGUUGCAAAAGAGUGGGAGGGAUUACAUAUGA